CGUUUCUAAUUAUAAACAAUUUGUCUAAAUUCCUUUAAAACAUCUUUAAUGUUAAUGUUUGUUAUGUGCAUUUAAUUAAGUUUGUGAUUAAAAAUACGUAAUGAAUAGUUAAGAUACAUAAUUACAAAUUUCAAGAAGGAUUUUGUUGAUAAUUUAACACACUUCAAGUGAGGAGAGACUUCUUAUUGACAUAAUGUAUGCUAUUUGCACGUAAUUUUUACGAAUUUCAGUUAUUAAAUCUAUGUUAUUAAAUUUUCAUAAGAACUUAAUAACUGUUAUUGACAUUUCAAGAAGAUCGCUAAUUUAUUGCGAGUAUACUUACUUGCAAUUUUGUACAAUGUCUUUCUGCAAUAUUUAACAUCAACAAUUCUUUCAAGAAAAUUUGGAGAUUAACAUGUACUGAACUAUUCUGUGACAAAUUAUAAAGAAAUGUGAUAGUGCUAAAAUCUCGACUUUUUUAGGUGCGUUGGAACAUAGGUAGUGCUGCUGUUCAUCUCUUCAAGUAUAGGUAUCUCUAUGAUGUUUUCGUCAGGUCUUAGCUGCAACCUAUCUUUUCCUAGUUGUCUGGGUUAUCCACAGGAUAACGAAGAAUUAAUACCAAAAAUGGCUAGAGAGCCAAUAAUUCUUAAUGUUUAUGAUAUGUAUUGGAUAAAUGAAUAUACUACUCCAAUUGGAUUGGGUGUAUUUCAUUCUGGAGUUGAAAUAUAUGGAACAGAAUAUGCAUAUGGAGGUCAUUCUAAACCAAUUUCUGGAAUUUUUGAAAUCACACCAAGAGUUGCUGAAGAAUUAGGGGAGCAAUUUAGAUAUAGGCAAUCAGUACACAUUGGAUAUACAGAUUUCACAGAAGAAGAUGUAACUAGGAUCGUUACUGAAUUAGGAAAAGAUUUUAGGGGUGAUCGUUACCAUUUAAUGAAUAAAAAUUGUAAUCAUUUUAGUAGUCAACUUACACUUAUUUUGUGUGGUCAAGAAAUACCAGGUUGGGUAAAUCGCCUUGCAUAUUUCAGUUCUUGUGUACCAUUCCUUCAACGUUGUCUACCAAAGGAAUGGUUAACGCCCGAUGCACUUCAACAUUCUCUGAAUCAAGUCAGCCAUGAAAGUACAUCCUCUGAAAGAGUUACACCAUUUAGAGAGUUUAUGCGCAAAGGAAGUUUAUCGUGACAGUAACUAUAUCGCCAAGACCGUGGAAUCCGAGAAACAAAACCGUCAAGAUGAGGUACAAAUUUCAUAUUGUACUCUAGAAUUCCAGUGGUGACUUAAUAAUACUGAAAAAAUGCCUUUCUUGCAACAUGUCGUCUUUUAAAUUCUGGACGGCAGUAUACAAUGUCGCGUGUGUUCUUUGUUGUAUCACACAAUCGAAAUUUAAUAGGUAUACACUUAAUAGAUAAUUACGUAUAAAACAAAGGCAUAAAGAGACUGGAACGUAUUCAUUUAUUAGUUAAUCACAUUAAUUUUUUAAGAAAUUUUUUGUGAAUUAGAUUUUAUACAUGUAAUAUCUGUCAUUUCAAAUCGCAUUUCAAAAUUAAUAUUUGUAAAACAUACAAUUCGUUCAAAUUAUAUUUUAGAAUUAUCUAGUGAUGUUUUUCUAAACAUUCAAUAACCUGGUUUACUUGGAUAUUAAAUAAUUAUUUAUGUUAUGUAUACAUGCGACACCUCUCUGUACAGCUGCCAUUAAUAUUGUUAGGAAAUUUAAAUGAAGAAUGAAUGUAAUAUACAUAUAUAAUAUAUAUAUAAUAUAAUAUAUAUAUAUAUAUUAACAUUCAUAUAAAAUAAAUAAAUUAAGAAUAACUUACUUUUCAUCUAUGAUUUAAUGAAAAUAUGUUUUGUGCAAAUACUUUUAUAAGGAACAUAUUUAUAAUUUUAUAAUUCAAAUUUUGAGUCAACAGUUUUUCACUAUAUGGAUAUCACAUUCCACAAAGGUAAUUUUGAAUUUUGCGCAAUAUAGAACAAUAGAAUUAAUAUAAUGUUGUGAUUUUGGAAGCAUUUGCUAGAUCCAAAAUCUAAUGAAUUCUUUUUAAACAUUCAUGACAUACAAAUCAUUACUAAUGUUGCUAAAACUGUUGUUGACACCAAGUUUAUAAUGUUAUAUGUUGAAAAAAAUGAAAAA